AUGCCCCAUCCUGCAUCUGCUGCAGGCUCAUCGGGAGAAUCACGUGCCGCUCCCACACCUCUCGCCGUUCCUUCACCUGCUCCACAACCUUCCACUUCCACCUCUGCUGGCAACUCCCUCUCCGCAUCCCAAGCUUCCCAAGCGACAUCCGUCCUCACAGAAGAUGAGGAAGAUCUAGAAGACUACAGACCAGGUGGAUACCACCCUGUCAACAUAGGAGACGAAUUCAACAACGGACGUUACAUGAUAGUGAGAAAAUUAGGUUGGGGUCAUUUUUCGACUGUAUGGUUAGCUAGGGAUAACAACACUAAGCGGCAUGUCGCGCUCAAAGUGGUCAAAUCCGAUGGACAUUACACUGAAACCGCUCUCGAUGAGAUCCAACUACUUCAACGUGUCGUCAACUCGUCUCAGACGCAUGCAGGACGAUGUCACGUCGUAGGGCUGGUGGACAAUUUCAGGCAUACCGGACCAAAUGGUAGUCACGUCUGUAUGGUGUUUGAAGUAUUGGGAGAGAACUUGCUAGGAUUGAUCAAAAGGUAUCAACAUCGCGGUGUACCUCAACAUAUCGUUAAGCAAAUUGCAAAGCAAGUCCUACUCGGUUUGGAUUACCUCCAUACGGAAUGUCGGAUUAUUCAUACGGAUCUGAAACCUGAGAACGUUUUGAUCUGUAUAGAAGAUGUUGAGUCCGUCGUGCAAGCUGAACUGGCAUCGUGUCCAGCAGCAGUACCAACAAAAUUAGUCGGUGUCCCCCCCUCUCAAGGUCGAUUGGGUAAUCAAACACCUCGGAAAGAUGGGCUAUUCAUCGUUGGAUCUCAACCUCUGCCAUCGCCAAGUUCAAGUUAUUCAAGUAGUCCGAUGUUAGAUAAAUAUGGAUUCGGAAUGAGUAAAAUCUCCGGUGUAGAUGCUUUCCCUACAUCAAAUAGUGUGGCUGGAGCUUCGCUCGCGAAAAGGGCGACAGCGACUGAUGCUUUAGGAAAUGGUAUGGAAAACGUCAAAUUGGGCGAGUCAGGAUUGUCAUGGGAAAAAACAAAGGCGCCCGCCCCGCCAGCAUCGACAGGACCUUCAUUGUUAUCUCAACAGAUGAGCGCCGCUCCUCCUUCACCAUCACUUCAGCCUACCAAUGCACCCCCUUCAUCAUCUACGAAUCCAUCUACCACUGCUACCCCUAGUCAAACGAUAAUCUCAACUCCAGCUACAACACCAGAUUCAGGUCGAAAUGACGAGGCGAAAAUAUCCACUUCUGUCAUGUCUACCGAAUCACUCUCUCCACCAAACCACCAUAGUAAACCACCCACCAGCGAGAACCCACCCCUCGGACAAUCUUCCUCGACUACCGGAUUUACUACCUCUCCCGCUACCUCUCAUGUCAAUAAUCUACAAGACCAGGAAGCGCACCAUGAUCCUGAUGACCCUAGUAGGGAUGCACCGGUGGCGGGCGAUCCGAACCACCUUCCUCCUCCGUUCCCAUAUGAUCCGGUAAGCCUCGAGAGGAUAACAGUCAAGAUUGCCGAUUUGGGUAAUGCGUGUUGGGUCGACCAUCACUUUACGAACGAUAUUCAAACGAGACAGUAUAGAUGUCCGGAGAUCAUAUUGGGUACGAGGUGGAAUCAGAGCGUGGAUAUAUGGAGUGCUGCGUGUCUGUUCUUCGAGUUAUUGACUGGUGAUUAUCUAUUCGAUCCUCAACCAGGUGUGAAAUACGAUAAGGACGACGACCACGUUGCUCAAAUCAUGGAAUUGCUCGGUGAAAUGCCAAGAUCAUUAGCUCUAUCUGGCAAAUACUCUCAUGAGAUGUUCAAUCGACGAGGUGAACUAAGACAUAUAAGUAGAUUGAGGUUCUGGCCUAUGAUCUCGGUGCUGAAAGAGAAAUACCUGAUGGAACAUGCCGAUGCGGAAUUAUUGUCAUCAUUCCUCAUGCCGAUGUUACACUAUUACCCCGACUCGAGAGCUACCGCAGCCGAAUUGGUCAAUCACCCUUGGCUCGAAGGAGUAGUGGUGCAAGGGGAGUUGGAGAUGGCUCAGAAUUUCCAUCAAUCCGAAGUUGAACGAAUAAGGCAACAACAGGAAACGUCAACCGAAGAGAAAGGCAAAGAGAACGAGAAAGAUAAGGGACCCGUACAGUUGAAAGACGUUUUGGGCUUGGGACCCUCGGUGAAAGGAAUGGUUGGAAUGGGGAGGAUCUGA